AUGCUGCAGAUCGGGGAGGACGUGGACUAUCUGCUCAUCCCCCGGGAGGUCAGGCUGGCGGGAGGCGUGUGGAGGGUCAUCUCCAAGCCUGCCACCAAGGAGGCGGAAUUUCGCGAGCGGCUGACCCAGUUUCUGGAGGAAGAAGGCCGCACACUGGAGGACGUGGCCCGCAUCAUUGAGAAGAGCACCCCACACCCGCCCCAGCCCCCCAAAAAGCCCAAGGAGCCCCAGGUGAGGAGGAGAGUCCAGCAGAUGGUGACCCCUCCCCCGCGGCUGGUCGUGGGCACCUAUGACAGCAGCAACGCCAGCGACAGCGAGUUCAGUGACUUCGAGACCUCCAGAGACAAGGGUGACAAGGGUCACAAAGGCGCGGGGCGCAGCAGGAAGGUGCGCAAAAUGCCAGUCAGUUACCUGGGCAGCAAAUUUCUGGGGAGCGACCUGGAGAGCGAGGACGAUGAAGAGCUGGUGGAGGCCUUCCUGCAGCGAGGGGAGAAGAAGCCCAGCGCGCCACCUGCCCGCCGCCGCGUGAACCUGCCCGUGCCCAUGUUUGAGGACAACCCCAGGCCGCAGCUGUCCAAGGCGGACAGGUGGCGAGAGUAUGUCAGCCAGGUGUCCUGGGGCAAGCUGAAGCGGAGGGUGAAGGGUUGGGCGCCCAGGUCCAGCCCCGAGGGGAGCGAGGCCCAGCAGGCCUCUCCCAGGCUAGAGAGAGUUGGGGCAUCAGGGCCGGGCAGAGCCAGCCGGGGGCAUAAUGUGGGCAACACAGAAGAUGGGCAGGGGCCCGAGACACCCCCAAGACGAUGGAAGCCCAAAAUCAAAUGGGCCUCUUUUCGCCGCCGCAGGAGGGAGGAAGCAGCAUCCACAGAUCAGGGGACAAGGGCUGCAGGUGAUCAGAGGGCAGAGGCUGCAGAUGAUCAGAGGGUAGAGGCUGUAGAUGAUCAGAGAGCUGAGGCUGCAGAUGAUCAGAGGGCAGAGGCUGCAGAUGAUCAGGGGGCUGAGGCUGCAGAUGAUCAGGGGGCUGAGGCUGCAGAUGAUCAGGGAGCUGAGGCUGCAGAUGAUCAGGGAGCUGAGGCUGCAGAUAAUCAGAGGGUAGAGGCUAUAGAUAAUCAGAGGGCAGAGGCCAUACCUGUCCAGGGGGCAGAGGUUGAGGAUAAUCCAGGGGCAGAAGCCAUAGCUGUCCAGAGGGCAGAAGCUGCAAAUAAUCAGAGGGAAGGGGCUGCAGAUAAUCAAAGGGCAGAGGCCCCAGUUGUCCAGGAGGCAGAGGCUGCAUCUGAUGGGGCAGAAGCCAUAGCUGACCAGAGGGCAGAAGCUGUACAGAACCAAAGGGCAGAAGCCCCAGCUGCCCGGGGGGCCAUAGGGACAACCCAAGGAGCUAAGGCCCGGAAACAAGUCAAGACAGUGAGGUUCCAGACCCCUGGACGUUUUUCGUGGUUUCGCAAGCACCGGAGAGCCUUCUGGCACACUCCUCGGUUGCCAACCCUGCCCAAGAGAGUCCCCAGGGCAGGCGAGGCCAGGAGCCUUAGGGUGUUGAGGGCAGAGGCCAGAGCAGAAGCAGAGCAGGGAGAACGAGAAGACCAGCUGUGAGGUGAGGGCAGGGGCUCCCUGGAGCUCACUGCCACCUGCCAUGCUGUCACCACCCAGGGCGCGGCCUCCCCCUCCCGAGCUGGGAUGGAGAUGCCCUUCCUGUGGCCAUACUUGAAAAUGGAGCUGGACAAGCGCCGGGCAGCGGGCCUCCCAUCUCCACCCAACACCCCUCUCUGUCUUGUUAAAAGUUUAUCUUUCAUGCAUUGAUUUUUUUUAAAAACAGACUCUUUCUAGUCACCCAAGGAACGUAAAGAAAGCCGUACAAAGGGGUUGCAUCACUCAUGAUUUUAACUUCUCCAGUGCAACUCUAGGUGCUCAGCUUGAAGGGGGGGGAAGUGGUGGAGAAAUUCUCUCCCCUCCCCUCUCCCUUUCUCUUCUUUUCUACUGCCCACUUAACAUUGGCUGCCUCCUUGA